CGUACACCGCUCGCGCACAUCUGCACCACAGAUCCGACGACCAAAUCGAAUCGAUCCUUUUCGUUCAGCCCUCAGUCCUUCGAUCAGCGUGCGUCGUUAUUCACAAUCUAUUGGCUAGAUUCAUUCUUUGGUCAACAGCUUCUUCUCAAUCGUUUGUCCAGAAUAAUCGAUCCUCUUCAGAAUCGUUCAGCCCCUUCAUUCAUUCAGGAAAGGAAAUGUGGGGCGUACGCCUUGCCAGGCCGAGGCGGUACAAGGGGGUUGAGGUGGUGAGGCAAAACUAAGACAGUAGCCUAUGCCACGACGAAUACCGAUGCUAUUGAAGUAGUCAAGGGAAGGCAAUGAUUCCUUGGUUCAAUGUUAGGUACAGGUACACUUUCCCACUCAAUUUUAUCCUUUGAUAAUGGGCUAACACUUUUUAUAGCUUUUCUACCUUUUCUUUACAGUAUAGGUUCAGAGACAAUAUGUAGCGUGGUUAAUAGGUUAAUAUGCAACUUCAUAUAACCUCAAGACUAACUAAAACCAUGGAUUGCUUUGAGAUGGCAAUGAGUUUUAGUUCCACUUUGGACCAUUUUAGAGGUCUCAUAUCUGGCCAUAAGGACAGGUUGUCUGGACAACUACAAAAUGGAAUGGAGAAGUUACUGGAGUUUUUUCCCCAACGAGAUUAUAGAGGGGGCAUUGUGAGUUACUGUCAAGUUGAAAGCUUUAGUAAUGUACUUGUCCACAAAUGUUUUUCAAGAGUGCAGCUCUACUUGGCUAUUGUUGGCACUACGUAACAACACUUGAUAAAGAUUCUGCCAUUAAGCAUAGUACCCUCAAGGAUGUGGCUUGUGGUAGUCUAAACAGAAUAUGAGAAUAACUUCAAAAGGCACGAUUAUCAACAAUCCUCUUGGGGAAAUAGGUACUUUGAUAGCUCGUGUUUCAGUAAAUCCCUCGUAGAAAAAAGAAGCCCCUGCCCCUUUUAAAGUUUCUGCAUCCUUGGCUAAGCAAGAAUCUUUAGUCCAUGUAUUAGUUCACAGCCUAUCUAUUAUCUAGAAUCUAAAGUUCUUAGUAGAGAAUCAACACAUGAUAAGUAACAAAAUGUUAUUCUUGAU